AUGAUUAAAAACGCUGGUGACGUGGAUAAGCUUUUACUGGACUCAAUCAGGGCUAGAGAAAUAUUUCAAGGGCAGGGAAUAGGUGUAGAGGAAUCCUGGAAAAAACUGAGUUAUGAUGACGACGAAGAUGACGGUGAUGAUAAUCAUGGCAACGCUACGGAUAAUGAUCAUGAUGGUGGAAAUGACAAUGUGGAUGCGAUUACGAACUACAAAUAUUUACAACGCAAUCGUAACAAUAAUGGCGCGUCGUCCUUAACUGAAGUAACGUCAUCAAGUACACAGCAUAGUAGAUUUGCAACAUUAAAUUGUUUCAACAUUGAAGACGACCAUUUAUUUACGAAUCGGCUUUUGUGUCGAACCCCACCACCAACUUAUCGUUCAUAUCCAGCUACACCUCCUCCCUCCUAUACACCAAGACUCGUAAGCAAUGAACAACAACCGUCACCAUUAAACCAACACCAAGUACCGGAAGUGCUUGUUGGGCUUAAUCAGGAAGAGAGCCGAAGACAACAAGAGCACGAGUACGAACACGUUGAUUUUGAAGAAACGGCGGAUAUUACAAAUUUUGAGUUUCACGGGCAAAGGCAAGUAGAUGUGGCUGAUGGAACGUCAGUAUGGCGAAAUGUGGCAACAGUGUCACAACAACAGCAACAAAGGCGAAGAAAAUUACGUCAUCGUAGAGUGCAAUUACUACACCAGCAACAACAACUACAACGGCAACAUUCAUCCUUUAUCAAUCGGCACACAGCAACGGACACCGAAAAUUCUACCAGUAGUAGCAGCGAAAGUGACAGUGAAAUUAAUUCGCGUCAUCACAGGGAGCAACGAAGACAUCCCCAUCGACAGCGUUUAUCUGGCUUAAAAGAUGCGUAUGGCCCUGACUUGCUAAACGCUUGUUCUCUAUUAUUAACAACCCUACAAUCAAGCAGUGAUUCCACAGUUGAUAAUUUUACAGUCACACCGUCCCCAUUGCAUGAAAUAUUAAACGAAACGUCCAAUUAUGCGGAAAUUGUUGGGGUUAAUACAGCUAGGCGGCGAGGAGGUCCACGAGAGGCCCAUAGUUCUCCAGUAUUGUUGGAGGGGAAUUAUUUAAAUAGCAAUAGAACACAAGGAAUACCAAACCAAAGAUUAUCACAAAACUCUGGGGAAAUGGGUCAGAAUUUAAGUCUGAGGAGGCCACGCAUAUCGUUAACUUGGGUUUUACGAGAUCAACAACCGCAAAAACAACACCAGACACAAGACCAAAUAGAUGAACAGACUAAAGAAGGUAUAAAUGAUAAUAUGAUUGAAAGCAAUAAACCGCAAAAUAAUAAUCAAUUGCAAACGAAGUCUAAAUCAGUCAACAGUACAAAUGCUGCGCAAUGGGCUGACUUGACAUGUCACAAGAAACGCUAUCGUUUAAAGCAAUUGCCUUCGAAUAACGAGGUUCUCAGCGGUUAUGCUACGACUCCCACGACCCAUGCAGGCAUUAAUUUGAGUUCGCAGAAAUUUUUCAGUAAUCAAAAUCUUUUAGAAUAUCAUAAAGAGGAAGUGCAUACCAAACCACCGUCCAAAGAUUUAUUAUUUGUGUGUACGCCCCAACAUGCCCCUGAUAAAUUUGGCGGUUCGCCGGAUGCCUUGGCUUUGACAAAGAAACGUAAUGAAAUACGCAAAAAAUUGGCGAGCAAAAUGGCAAAUUUUAGAUCAGAGACCGCAACACCGAAGCAUAUGGCGAAAAGUAUCACCAAAUCAAUCACAACCACGAAUGGUGGAUUUUUGUUGAGAAGAGAGCCGAGAUCGUCUCUUAAAGCCAACUCGUACUCAGAACCCAGCUUACUAGCAGCUUCUGAAGGUAAUCCGCGUAGACAUCGUCAUCGUAAACGAAGAGAACGUAAUCGUUGUCAAAAAUUCGGUUACGAUAUUCGAAAUGUUGAUGAAUUUCUCACAAGAUGUUCAUUAUCUACGCCAGCGAAUAUUCCCAUGGUACUGUCUACCUCAUGUACGCUUUACCAAACCAGACCAGGAGGCUAUCAAACCGAAUUAUCUUUGCCUCUGGGAAUGGUAGUAAAUGCUGUGUUCAAAAAUCAAAAUUGGUUGUACGUUCAAACGCCUCAUGCCGAAGAGGGUUACGUUAGCUGCAACUGUUGCUUACCUUUGGGAAUUUUACCACCUGAGGCUAGAGGAGAAGGAGUUGGCAGUGCUAAACCAACACCAUGCUGGGAAUCUAACGGUGAUAUAUUCCCAAAACCGUGUGGCAAUAUGACAGAUUCGGAAAAAGAAUUGCAUUUACUUGGCGGCGGUGGCGGUAGUGCACGUAGUGAAGGUGCUCGUACGCCACACUUGAGAGCUUUGUCGAUGGAUAACAAAAGCGUUGUGAUAUCAGUGAAAAUGAAUCACGUUGAUAGACCCAACGAUAACCCAGUGUGUGAUGGUGAACAUCAGGUCGAUAAAUUGUAUUUGAAAGCGGCAUCGCAACCCAAGCUAAAUGAAAGGCCAGCAUACGCGCAAUUGAAAGUAUUAAAAACCGCACAAAUUUAUAAUAAACCAAAUCCAAUUAAUGAUGAAUAUAUAACACUGCAACAACAACAUCAACGACAAGCACAUAAACCUGUUCAAAAGCAUGUUCAUCAAAUCACCCCGAAAACAUAUAUUAGCCGAACUUUUAUAACCAACGGACAUAAUGGUCAACACUUGCACCCCAAAGAUAUGAAUUUAGUAACAGUCACAACAACAGGAACCACAACCACGACAACUGCAGCAGUAGCAACGACGACAGCGAUUACAACGACAAAAUCGAUGGCGGUAACAAUAAUACAAAAACAACACCAACAACUACAACAAGAUGCAUGUAAUCUUAACUCACAACCUAGCUCUAAAAUUACUAUCACAUCUCAUAAUAAUCAGCAUCAUCAUACAGCUCAUAGUCUGACUCAAAUGAACCAGCAACAACAACAUCAUCAUGAACAAUCGCAGUUUAAUCAUGUGAAUGCCAAUAGUCAUCAGUAUUACCAUCGCACUAUACUGAACGCAUUGCGACGUUCAACAGCACAUUGCGGUCAACGUCAAACAUUGGUGGCCAUCACCACUAGCUACACUACAGCUGACGGUCUAAGCUUACAAAAAGGUGAUAUUGUUACAUUGUGCGAGUGUCGCGAGACCAAAGAUCAUCGCCAGUGGUUUUAUGUGAGAACGCGUGACGGCCGUCAGGGUUAUAUACCGGCCGAAGUGGCCGGUCAUGGUUAUUUGUAAGUACAAGCAUAAAAGAAAAAGCAAGCAAAAAUUAAAUACGAAGUGAGUUAAUUGUUAUGUAUGAAACAAAAUAUAAACGGAAGGGCGAAAGUCGUUAGCAAAGAGGAAAAACAUUUUAUAGAACUUAGCAUAGACAAGAACAUGAGCUUAAAAAACUUUAAGAAAAUAGAUUUUUUGCUUUUUUAUAAGUACCAAACAUUUUACAAACUGUGUUUUAAGCGCUUUAUGUCUCUCAUGUAUUUUAUGACAACUUAUUUAAAAUUAGAAUCAACCGCGUAAAAAAAAGAAGAGAAAGAAGAUCAAUGUUUUUUUAUAUCCAUUAC